AUGCUUUCAAUAGAAAAAGAAAAUUCAAGAGUUGCUACAACUAAACCAUUAGAUGAACUUUUUACUAAUGUCGGUCAAAAGUUUGAGACAGAGACCGUAAAGCAUGAAGGCUAUCGUUUUGACUACCCAUUAAGAUGGUUAAGAGACCCAUCUGUCACAAAAGCUAUUGGCUUUCGUAGAAUGAAGUUCAUUUCAGAAGCCAUACAUGGUUUCCCAUUUACGGUCGGUUUUGAAGUUCGAUACUAUAACAAAGAAAAACGUAUGUAUGAGAAAUUUGAACAGGGAAAACUUUUACAAGUUAGUUUGCUUGUAAACUUAGAAACAACUCUUCAAGCUUUUCAAGAAAAAAUAAACGAUAUCUAUAUCGAAUAUGCAAACCAGUAUAA